AACUGGUCGUUAUAGGGGAGCUGCCUUCACAGGCUACAGGCCACAGAAAAUUAUUGGAAUUCGGGAACCACCCGACCAUACCACCGACAGUUGUUCACCAACAGGGGAUCCAUCCGGGGACGUGGAUCUGUUUCCCUACGCGGACGAACUGCUCCAG